AUGUCACAGGGACCGGAGAAAAACACAGGCGAAGAGAUUCCACCUACUCUUAUCACGAAUGUGCAAAUACAGGCGUUAAUGGGGGAGAUGAAACGGAUCAUGAGGGUGGAGCUCGAACACCUACAUGAGAGGUUAGAUAGGGUGGAAGAGGGAACACCACAGAUUAAACCACCACCGAAUGCUCCAAGGAAGAACAUGAUGCCUCGAAAGGAGGUGGAGGAUAAUGGAGAGUUCGAAGGGGAAAAUUUAGAGGACGAAAUGGCUUUGGCGAGCUGGUUAGUUUUGGCUACCGUGUUGCUGGCACAAGUAUUCACAGCAACACUGCACAUAUUAUCCAGAGUGAUUAUGAAGGACAGAACCUUCGUUUACGCGCUAAUCACUUACCGUAAUGCAGCUUCUGCUCUAUCGAUUGCCCCUCUUGCCUACUACUUUGAGAGAUCUACUGAAAAGAAAUUUGGUUACGCAGUUUGCUUCUGGCUUUUUGUUAGUGCUGCAAUCGUGAUAUCCGAUUCUGCAUUUUACUAUUAUGGUCUCCAUGAUACCACAGCCACCUUUGCCACUAACUUAUACAACUUAAUUCCCAUAUUCACUUUUCUCUUGUCACUCAUCACUAGAACAGAGAAAUUAGACCUGCGAACCAGACAAGGAAAAAUAAAGACUUUUGGAGUGUUGCUGUCGCUUGUUGGAGCACUAGUUGCAUCUCUUAACAAGGGAAAAGAAUUGUAUGUUGUUUACCACCACCAACACGGGGACUCUCAUACGGCCACCACCCAGAACUCCCAUGACCACUGGGUGCGCGGCGCAACCUUGAUCAUUGCAUCAUGCUUGUCACGUGCAUUAUGGUUCAUAGUGCAGCGUAAACUCUUGGCGGUAUUUUCUUUUAAAUAUACGGCAAUUAUGCUGCAAAGUGGUAUAACAUCCAUGCAAUCAGCAGUAAUUGGCCUUUGCCUCGAUAGACAUGUUGCUGCAUGGAAGCUCGGCUGGAAUUUAGAACUGCUCGCCAUAGUUUGCUCGGGAACACUUUAUUCAGCCGCAACAUUUUGCUUACUUUCGUGGGUGAUCUCAAUCCUAGGCCCCACUUAUCCAUCUAUGUUCAACCCCGUCGGUCUAAUUUUUGUAACCGUAACAGAAGCACUCUUACUUGGUGAAGCCAUCAGAGUCGGGAGUUUGGUUGGCAUGAUCCUCAUUCUCGCUGGGUUAUGCUCCUUUCUGUGGGGGGCGAAAAAGAAAGAAGAUGGAGAAUCGGAGUUGACAACCCAGUUGAUGCAGGGCACGUGA